AUGCCAUGCCCCAAGCAUUUCCAUUUGACUCCUCCAGAUGAGUUCAUGUUUGGCCCACCAACAUUGCCAGUUGUUUUUGACAGUGGUGAUGAGCCAGGUCUUAUUGUCACCUUGGGAUCUUCAGGUGAAAACACACAGUGUUGGAGGCGGAAUAGUGCAACACAUCGAACGGUCUAUCCGGGUGCUGAGUGCAGCAAUCAAUAUGAUUACAUGUUUAUCUUCACAAGUGAUGGACGAAUCUUGCAAUGGGAUCAAGACGCGGAUGAGAUGUAUGUACUCCGUGGAGACCAAACUGGAGGAUCCCUCUUCUUCAUUCCUGAGCGGGAUCUUUUUGUUGCCCCCAGUGGCGCCAGUUCUGAUUGGAAGCCCUUCUACCAGUGGUCCUACGAUACUGAAACGCUGAGGCUUGUUUCUAUGCAAGAUUCUAAAUACUGCAUUGGGCGUUUGCAUACUCUUUAUCAAGUCAGCGUGGAUGAAUGUCAAUGUCAGAAUCUUGACAGCUACAAUUCUGGGUUUGGAUUCAAGGUUGAUAUUUAG